CAAAGAUGGACCCCACAUAAGUACUGUGUCUUUUUUUUCUUUUCUUUCUUUCUCAGUACAACAAAGGCGGGAACCAAGUUUUUGUCGCAGAGGGUAUGGCCCCUUUCUUUGUCAUGAGAGAGAGAAAAACAAAACAAAACAAAACAGAGAGUUUUUGGAUAGAUAGGGAGAGAGAAACUGAGAGAAAGAGAGAGUAAUACUACUUCUAGUCUUCAACUACUGUACUACAUGUUUUGAAAAUCCAGUGACAUUGCAGUUUUUGAAGGGUGCUUGUGCUGCUUCUCUUUCUAGUUGCUUCAACUUAAGUUCAUGGUCUUCCACCACCCUUCAAUUUCUGUUCAGCUUUUUGAGCUUCUGUUGUGUUUCCAAGGAUAAAAAAGGGAACUUGUUUUCUGGGUGUUGUUGCUGGGUUGGUUUAGCUAUUCAUUUAUAUGUACCCAGGAAUACUGGGGUUCUUUUUUUUAUUUUUAUGAUUAAGUGUUUUGUUCUGGUUUCGUGUAAAGGUGGAAAAUUUAGUGGUUAAAGUGAGAGAGGAGGUAAGAAAAAUAAUGGGAUUCGGUGGAAAAUGCUAAUGAUUCGAUAGUUACACUUCUGCUUGCUUUUCUAUGUUGGCUUUCUUGUGAAGAUUUUGAGUUGAAAAGGUUGAGGAAGAUGCUUAUUCUUAUGCUUAUGCUCUUUUCAACUCAUGUUAGCAUCAAGUGUAAAAUUGUGAUUUUGGGGACCAAUUUGAGUAUGUGUCCAAGUGUUGUGCUGAUGCAGUGAUGCUAUUUGAGAGAAUUUCAUGCUGAAAUGCUCAUUUUGGAGCUUCUAAGAUUGAAUUUUGGUUGUGCCUGUGUUUGUUCUGCUGAAAUGGUUAAAAAAGGCAUUAACCCUUGUUCUUUUUCAAGGGUGUUUUUGGCAUUCCUUCUUGUGUUCUUGUUAAGCUUGAGCAAUAACACUGUUGAAUGCCAUGGAAGGUUGAGUAUUAAGCAUAUCUCUUCUGAGUCUCCAUCAUCAUCAUCAUCUAGGCCAACACCAACACCAUCAUCAUCAUCACUAUACAAGGAUGAACCUAAGAAGAUUAUUCUGAGUAUAGUUUUAGGAGCAGUAACUGGACUAGUUGGUUCUGUAAUCUUUGCAUUUGUGGUUCGUUGUGUUGUUCAGUACCUUAACAGAACACCAAUCCUCAAGGGUCCUGUCAUAUUCUCCCCAAAGAUUGCCCCCAAGACGCUCCAAUCGGCAUUGGCAAAAGACAACCACUUGCUUGGUUCAAGUCCAAAUGGGAAAUACUACAAAACUGUUCUUGACAAUGGCCUCACAGUUGCAGUCAAAAGGUUAACACCCUUUGAGAGCAAUUCACCCGAGACUAAGAAAAAAUCGGUUAAGAGGCAGAUACAGAAGGAGCUCGAGCUUCUCGCCGGAUUAAGGCACCGAAACUUGAUGAGCUUGAGGGCUUAUGUGAGGGAGCCUGAUACAUUCUUAUUGGUUUAUGAUUAUGUAUCCACUGGUAACCUUGCUGAUGUCAUGAAUAGAGUUAGGGAGAAUGAGUUGCAGCUUAAUUGGGAAGUUAGGCUUAAAAUCGCAGUUGGUGUUGUGAAGGGUCUUCAAUAUCUUCACAAUUGUGUUCCUCAAGUUCUUCACAACAACUUGAAGCUCACAAAUGUGAUGCUGGAUGCAGAGUUUGAACCUAAAUUAGCAGAUUAUGGAUUGGCUAAGCUUCUUCCAAACUUGGAUAGAGGGACUAGUAGUCCUCCUGAAUGUUUCCAUAGUUGCAGGUACACUGACAAAAGCGACAUCUUCAGUUUCGGCAUGAUACUUGGUGUUUUACUAAGUGGAAAGGACCCUACAGAUCCAUUCUUUGGGGAGCCAGCAAGUAUGGGAAGCAUGGGGGGUUGGCUAAGGCACUUGCAGCAACAAGGCGAUGCGAAAGAGGCUCUGGAUAAGAGCAUUCUUGGCGAAGAAGGCGAGGAAGACGAGAUGCUAAUGGCCGUGAGAAUCGCCGCCGCAUGCCUCUCUGAUAUGCCUGCAGAGAGGCCUUCUAGUGAUGAUCUUGUUCUCAUGCUAACUCAACUCAACAGUUUUUAAAAGCAAACUUCAUUCCAAAGGUUUCUAAAAGAUAUAUAUCUUUCUUUUUUCUUUGUUAGGAUGAUAGUGUCUUUUAAUUAUUUUGGUGUAAUUCAUUGCUCUCAUUAUCUUGGAUUUGAUAGUGUGCUUGCUAUUUUGUAGCACUCUGAUCUUGCAGAUUUCUGUGGUUGGAUCUUAGGUUAUACUAGUAUAUUAUAUAUUUUGUUUGUAAAUGACUAGUAUGUUAACAAGGAAGUGAUUUCCUAUUUACUAUCAAAGUACAAAUUUUUUGUAUCAUAUGAUCAAAACCAUAGUCCAAGGCAAUGUGUACAAAGU